UUUUCAGUUGAAAACAAGUCACCCGCGAGCGGUGUUCUUUUUGCGCGCCGUUCUGCGAAUAGUUUUAUUUUGAUUUUAGCCCAACUUAAUUCGUUCCAUGCGACUUUUCCUUUUCGCGAGCGGUAGUGACGUCGCCGUUUUUUGGACAAUUGCGCACAUAUUAAAAUCGCGAAGAAAUAGGGGUUGUUGUUAUUGUUGUUUGGCCGGAGACACGCGUCGCUUUUCCGCGUGUCUUUUAUUUUUGUGGAUCAGCGGCCACCUGAAAGGCGCCAUUUGAAAAGCCAACAGCUGUGAGGCAAAAAAAAAACAAAUAUAUGCAUAUACGUACAUAUAUAUUCAAGUGCAAAAAGCUGGCGUUGCUAAUAGAAAUAAAUAAAUAUAAAAGGCAGAAUAAACGUGCAAAGCGGUGCGUAAGUGUGUGUGUUUUAUGUAUUGCGCAAGCAAAAGAGAGCGCGUUCUGUGUGUGUGCGUGCGUACCUGAAAAUAUACAUAUAACUUAACUUGAUUAUUUUCAGUUUUGUUAGCAACAACAACAAAGAAACCGCUCGCUGAAUAAGUCUAAUUUGAAGUGCAUUUCCUUUGUGAUUGAAAAGAUCGCUCCAAACUCCAAAAAUCGAAAUCGAGCAAGGCCAUACGUAUAUAUACUGAUAUAUACGCAUAUAUACACAUUUAUUCGUGUGGAUUCAGAGCGCAAGCGUCGCGUCGCCAUGCAAAUGUUAAUGAAAAACACAAACCCCUAAAAAUCGACUUAUCAGCUUAAAAAACAUCACUAGAUUGUCACUCAAAAUAAAACACUAUUAAAAAACCAACAAAUCAGCAAAGAGCAAGGAAAUCAGGGGUUUAAAGUCCGUUGGCCUGGGAAUGUAUUCCAGCAAGGAGACAAAGAGCGCGGCAAAAGCGCUAAAAAAGACGAAAAAAGUUAACAAAAAGCAGCAGGAAUCGUUGUCAAAUGGUAACAAAGUGAAAUCAACGCCGAAUGCCAAGAAUAUCCAACCGAAUAAUAACAACAAACAAACCAACUUCAACAACAAUAAUAGCAGUAACAAUAACAACAACAACAACAACAACAACAACAACAACAACAACAACAACAACAACAACAACAACAAUAAUAGCAGUAUAGUGUCCAAUAACAAUAGCAAGAAUAAUACGUUGCCAAUUAACGUGGCCCAGAAAACCAAACAACACUUUGAGGCGGAAAAGAGGAUCCAGAGUAUAUCAAUGGGCGCCACCACAUUGCCGGGCUACGAAAAUGUGCCCAAAAUGGAGCGAUCCAAUAGCUUCUUACGCACCAAGCUGAAUAAACUGAUUAACCACCUGACGGGCAGCAAGGAGAAUCUGUCGAGGACCGACAGCGAUGGGGACUCCAGCCGCACACCGUACAUAUUCACCCGAAGUCGUUCGAUGAUCCAGAUGAGACGACCGAAUCGCCGCAGUUUCAUCGAGCCCCAGCUGGAGCAACUGAGCGAGGAGACGGAGAAAUCGGGGGAUCUCACCUCACCGACAUCGCCGCGGAAGACAUCGGUGGCCGAUCUGCAGGCCAGUUCGCCGGUGCUCCUGCGAAGGAGUGAGCUCAGCUCAUCGGUGAGGACUCCAAAACGUCGACAAUCCGCACAGCCCUUCACGUCGACUCCUUUGGAGGAGGUGCAGUCGCCGGCCCAACGGAAGGGCUCACUGAUGUCGCUCAAUCAAACGGAACCCGCCAAUCCCCAGCUUAAUUUCCAAAAGAGACGAUCCAACACGCUGAUUGCCUCCUUCAAGAGCACCUUCAGUGGAUUCACUGGCAGUGGGAGCGGAGCCGAGAAAAAGGAGAAGAUGAAUCCCAAAUGGAGUGCCUCGUUGCAAUCCCUGCAGGCUAUCGAUAAUAUGGUUAGCUACGCCAACAUGUCCUUCAUCGACUACGACAAGUUCAAUGGCUACGAGAAGCAACUGGAGCGCCAGCAAUCGCUGAUGAGUCUGGCGGAACAGCCGGUGACCAUCGCCACCCAGCUGCCGCUGCCGCCUUCGGCGCUGGCCCACUCGCAUUCGCCCUCUCCGCUGGGCGACAACUCGCGCACCUCCGUCCACCUUGGCUCAUCUAUGGAUGAGUCGGUCAGGACGGUGGUGAUGCGCCGCAGGAGGAGCAAGACCUCGUUGGAGGGCAGAAGCAAGACCUCGCUGGAGGGUAGGAGCAGCAUGGCCAGCCUGAACAGUGCCUUCAAUUUGGACACCGCCUACGAGCACAAUCUGGACCGCGUACAUAAUGUCUAUCGAGAGAGCUUGGACUCGCGAACCCUGGAUCUGCUGAAUCAGCGCACGCGGAACUCCUUCAUCCAUGAUCAGGCGGUGCUCUUCGAUGCCCUCAAUCUGGAGGACGGCUCGGUGGACCUGCGGUGCCUCUUCCGUAUGACGGGCGUUUGGAGGAGCAGAAGCAUGCGGCAGCAGCAGCAGCAGCGGGAACGGGAUGCAGUGGACGGGCGGGGGAAGCCAGGAAAACAGGUAACGACUCGAAUCCAGAUGAUAUAUUGCACCGAUGCCUCUCGUGCAGGCGCAUUAAGUUCGCUUAUUGCCGGCAAUAAACUCAUUUACGUACUCGACCCGAGCACCUUGCUCCUUGUGGCCGGAGCCACCUCGGUUGCGAAGCUGGGGAGGAGUACGGGCUCCUUCUACUCGUCAGUUGCAGGAGUAAACACAGAUACGCACAUAGCUACAGAUACAGUUACAGUUACAGAUACAGAUACAGAUACAGAUACGGUUAGGGUUAGGAAUAGGGAUACGAAUACGGAUACUGUGCCCAAGUACUUUACGCGAGUGUUUAGGUGUGUGGGCUGAGCUAACCAACCGAGCGGGAAACAAACAACCAACAGCAAGGAAAGAAAGAAAGAAAGAAACAAACAAACAAACCAACCAACCGAGAGGCAAACAAAUUGCUAAAAUAAAUGUACGGUGGGGGCCAGAAGAAACAGCAGCAACAAAGACUCAACAAAAGGAAAAGGACGCGAAAAAAGAAGAAACAAAAAUCGGCAUCAAAAUCGGAAUCAGAAUCAAAAUCAGAAUCGAAGAGGUCCCAUUAAUGAACCAACCCAGCAAGCCAACAAAAGCUAAAAUAAUAGAAUAAGCAAUACGAGCAUACUACUUAUUACGAAAUCGCUUUAAACGCACCUAGUGUUAGUCAAACUAAAAGGGAAACACAUCUCGGUGUGUAUCUUGGGGAAAUCAACGCUUCAUAAAUUAACGAACUAGUGAAUAAAAAAAGACGGACCAGCUAAUUUAAAGAACACCCCUUGCGGGGUGAACCACCGAUUCGGAGUAAGAAGGAUCAACCACCACGGCGAAGGGCGACCGUAAUGGGUGGUGGCUUUGCGGCGCCACCGAUUACACUAGCCAGCAACCAGCGACCAGUGGCUUUGGACCAGGUCGAGAUACCCAUUCCGGCGACGGAUAUGCACGAGAAACUCCUGGAGAAGGAAGGCAAGACUGAGAGGACCAAUCUGCUGGGCAGGUCCAAGGACAAACCGCCCAAGGACAAGCCGCCCAAGCAGUCGAAGUUCGCGGAGCGCUUGCGGCGCUCCUUCCGCCGCGGCGAUCAUCGAUCCUUAGAGAUCAAACGACAGGAACCGACUCCGGAGGAACUGAAGGCUAAGAGUCGGGCCACUCCACCGCCGCCGAGUACUCUGCGCUCGGACAACAAUAACCGCCUGCCAUUUGCCCUGAGCCACUUGAAUUUGCCGGGUCUGGGAUUGGGAGUGGGCGUGGGUGUCGGUGGACACAUCAAUCCCGCCCUGCUGCUGGACAGUCCGGACGAGUGCACGCCGCCGGAGUACGCCUAUCAGCACCUGAGCAGCGUUGCCACAACCAAUUCGAGCACAUCUUUGGAGAGCAGUUGCGAACUGGGCGAGCUAAGUGGCUCCCAGAAUAGCGUUUACUACUGGGCCUCCAUGGGUGGCGAGGUGAGCACAUCAGCGGGCGCAGCUGGAGCCGAUGGAACUGCAGGAACUGGAGCAGGAACAGGUGCAGGUGCAGGAGCAGCAGUGCCCAUCGAAGGCCAAGAUAGACGUCGUCUGGAGACGCAAAACAGCAGUCGGAGCGACCAGCAGCCCAUCACCACAAACGCUUCCUCAGCGCCUGGGAACAGCAGUAGGAGCUGCAGCCUGACCAGCGAUAGCAGCUCCAUCCGGCUGACCCGGCUGCAAAACUUCCUCUUCAAGAGCAGCAAUGAGAGCUCCAGGAGCUGCCAGGGUCACUCGAACGAGGGAUUCACGGUGUCCUCGCACAACUCCUCCUCCGGGGAGUGGGAGCAACUGGGUGCCUAUCUCUCCAGCAGCAGUGGCGUGGGUGGUGGCCAUGACUUCCAGGGCGGAUCCUUUCCCGAGGAGAGCACGCCGGAUGAGACGGAUGGCACGCUGCCGGUGGAGACAAGUAGCAGUGGCGGCGGCGGUGGCUACUAUCAGUACACCCUGACGUCCCCCAACAAUCCCUUUCUGCCAGAGAUCACGGCGCGCACCUAUCACAGCACCUACGGCGAGGAUGGAGCCGUGGAGGGCGGCGAGCCAACGACGGAUGAUCUGCAGCUGGACGGGAAGUAUGGCUGUGCGGGCAGUAGGUCCGCCCAGCUACCAACGCCGUCGUACAGUCGAGCAGGAUCGCAGGAGUCGACGCACAGCGAGGGAGGAGGGCCGCCUGGGCCAACACCCAGUCCCGCUUCCAGUUCCUCCUCCACGCCAGGUCGGCAUCGAAGGAAGCUGUUCAGCCUGAACUCACCCACCCGACUGCUUCACCACCAGCAGCAGCAGCCUCCACCGAGUGGAGCCACCUCGGCGUCGCCUCCAUCCGGCGGAAGUAGCAAUGAUGGCGGCGGCGGCAAAUUCAACUCGGCCAGUCUGGUGCGGAGUCUUAAUCCGUUCCUGCCCAGCGUUACGUCGCCGAAGAAGGCGCCGCACAAGCAGUCGGCGGUGACCUCGCCCGGUUGCUUGACCCCUGACCUUAGCACAAAACGCGAGGAGUUCCUCCGGGCCACUAUGAAGAUCUGCUUGGUCGUCUCUCCGCCCAACAGCAAGCUGCAGCUGAAAUCGAAGAGUCUCACGCACUUGGAUGGCCUCGACUCGGGUGUGGUGGCCUGCCAGCAAGGUCCUCCGGGAAUGGCCACCAGCACCGCCAGCACCACAGCCACCACAGCCGGCGGCACCGGCGCGACCACCGGAUUGUUCGCCACCACUGGAGCCCCAGGAUCGCUGGGCCGGCAGGCCAAUGUGACUGAGAAGGGUGAACGAACGGGCGUUUGCCUGUCACCCUCGGCACCUCAGCCCUCCUCGCACGCUUCACCGCACCACCCACCCACAAUUUACACGCAGGCACCGCAGGUCGUGCGGCGGAUGCCUUCGCUGAUGCUCUCACCCACUCUCGAUGAAACCACGACGACGGCCAGUUCGUCCUGCUUUGGUACCGGUCACCCCAGUGCCGGAUCCUUUCACCAGCACCAGCACCAUCACCAUCAUCAUCAACCGACUGGUAGCGUCAGCACCGCCAGCUGCACCGCCACCUCCACCACGUCUACUCAUGCUGUACCCUCCUCCAAACACUUUCAGUCUGUUGGCGAGGCGGCGGCCACAUCAUCGUCCUCGACGCUGAGUCCGCACAGUGCUACAUCCGCGACCUUAGGCGGCGGCGGAGGUGGUGGCGGUGCAGGCGGUGGUGGUCUAACCUCCCCGGUUGGCUGCUCCACGUCCUCCGGUUCGACGGUGAAAAAGAAAUCCUCGUUCAUGAAGCGCAAGAAGCCACUGCUGACGCGCAGCGAGGUAUCCAGUUCCGAGUUCUUUUCCGUGUCAUUCUGCUUGGACUCGUCGCAGCAACCAGAUGAGGAGUUCAUUCCGGCAACCAAAGGCGUGACACUACUUAAUGCACUCAGCCACGCCUUGCGUAGGCGGAACCUCAGCUUUACACAAAUCACCAUUACGGACAAUAAUCCCACGCCCAGUUUUUUAGAUGCAGGUCCUUCGCUCCUGCCCGUUUCCGUGGACGAGCAGACCGAUGUGGAGAGCCUGGCUGGACACCAUCUUUGCAUCACAGAACGAGGCAGCAACCGCAAGCCCCUGCAAAAGGCAGCUUCCUUUGGUUCCCGACAACCACCGCCCCGACUCCUGCCCUCCGUCUCCACCGAGGAGACGAGCGAGUCGGGAGUGGCGCCUGGAAAGCAGAUCAAGCAGCGGUGGUCCUCCAUAUUCGGAAUCAAGAAUCCCCAGCAGAGCCAGCUGUGCGAGCUGCUGAACAGCUAUGCCAAGAACGGAGUGCCCCAGCGGCCGGACAGCAUGAGCUUUGAUCAUCCGGACCUGGUCAACUCUUUGGCCUAUCUGCAGUAUAUGCACAAAUCGUGGCGGGACUUUGUUAAUAGCGAUUCGAUGAGCGAGUCGGAGGUGAAGAUCCAAACGGCCAUAUGGGAGCUGGUUACCACCGAGGUGUACUACAUUCACGCCCUGCAAACAGUGACUGAUUUGUUCCUAGCCUGUUUGGAGGCCGUGCAGGAGGAGGGUCUGCUGAUCGACGUGGACCAGGCUCGACUGUUCUCCAAUGUGAGGGCUGUGUGCGAGGCGAACAUCAAGUUCUGGACACUGUGGCUCUAUCCCAUGGUGGCACACAGUGCCAUCACCCACGAGCCACUGAGAUGCGCUUUUUUUCAGGAGGGGUUCCUUUCCUUCGCCUCCAUUUUUGCGCCAUAUAAGAUAUACUGUGCGGAGCAGAGCACCUGCCAGUUCUACUGCAAGGAGCUAAACCAUAACAAUGCCUUAUUCACCUCCUACUUGGCGUGGUGCGAGUCGCAGAAGAUGUGCAACCGCCUGCGACUCGCGGACAUUGUGGUGCGACCCAUGCAGCGACUGACCAAGUACAGCCUCCUCCUGGCCGCUAUCAAGAAGCACAUGAGCGACGUAGAGGAGAUCGAGGCCAUCGACGUCAUGAUGCACAGCGUCGAGAACUUUGUGGGCAGUGUGAACAACCACUUGACGAUGCGGCAGGAGAACGAGCGACUCAAGGGCGUGAUGGUGCGGAUCGAGUCCUACGAUGUGGUGGACACCAACAACGAGGUGCUGGACAAGAUGAUCAAGCAGAACAGCCAAAUGUUUGACCUCUGUGCUCCGAUGCGCGGAUGCCCGGCCUACCAUGUGCGCCACCUGUUCAUGGAGGGCGAUCACAAGUUCAAGGACAACCUCGGCAAGUCCGAUGUGCACUGCUUCCUGCUCACGGAUCUCCUCCUGGUGUGCAAGACGAUCGCCAAGCGGGGACUGGGCGCUCUAAAGGUCAUCCGGCAGCCGUACCUGACCGACCAGCUAAUUGUUCAGCUGGCGCCGAACAAUACACUGAACUGUGUGUACCUCAAUGAGUUCCAGGUGGCCACCACGGCGUUUACGCUGCAGUGCACCGAGGCCAAGAACUGGUACGACGCCCUGUGGCGGGCCAAGACGAUCUACCAAAGACUGAAGCGCGGAGGCGGUGGCGGCGGCAGCGGAAGUGGAACUGUGGGCGGCGGCGAUAGCUUCCGUUUCGGUGGAAGUGCCACCAGCGGCGGCACCGCCGACUCCCUGGGCGUACGCAAGUCGCCGAUGAACUCCUCCAUCUGUAGCCACGUCUCUAGUGCGAACAACAGCCACAGCGGCAGCGUCGAGUGGAACGACUCCCGCAACAUAUCCGUCGACUUUGAAAAGACAAACUCGGUGUCCAGCGACGAGGGCUCCAGCAUAAUGACAGGCAACCACGGAGUGAACCUAAAGGGCAAGCAGCAAUUGAUCAGUGGUCUGCAUAAGACCAAGAUGGGCAUUAUCGGCCAGAUGGGCUCCAAAUCGGCGAACACGCUCUCCGUGCAGCCAAUGAACCAUCUGGGCCAGAGCCUGCCCAACCUGAACAUGCAUCACAGCCACACUAACAAUACUCUGCUCGUGCCCGGCUCCACGACGAGCCACUCGGGCAACAUGUUGUUGUCGCCCAGCCACCGCGGCAUUUCCUACCCGCCGCCGAGCCCAACGAGAGUUCCCCUGCGUCGUGGCAUGGCCUUCUCCACGUCGACGAAGAACCCGCCGCUGCGCAAGACCCGCAAUAUAACCUCCCAGAACAGUAUUAACUGGCACCAGAUCCCGGCCACACCCACGCCGCCCAGCCCUAGAUCGCAGUACCAGUCGCCAGGAGUGGUGUGCAUGCAGAAAUCGCUGCCCCUGCUGCUGCCCACAAACACGGAUGAGGGUCAAGGGCCCACCCAGCCACCGCCGCCGCUGCAGAAGCAGCUCUCCCACCAGGCGCCUCUGCCCACCACCAUUCACAACCAGUCGAGCACCGAAACGGACGUCUGAUAAGGACGACUUGGCGGGAGCACGACGCCGCGAGACGUACUUAGCCAUAGAUCCGUCACAAACUACCAGGAUAAACUACACGUACAUACAAGAUACAUUUAGAAAGUCGCCUUUGAUUUCCGGCUCGCACUAGCACAAAUAUUUACUUAUUUUAUCCAUAUAGAGACUAGUGAUGGUUAGUUUUCCAAUUAGUUUAAUCAUUACCAGAGCACAUAAAAGUAAAGAAAGAAAUUGAAUAAACAGGAAACGAUAAUGAGUGAAAAUCCACGGCGACUUUCUAGAUAUUCAAUUAGGAUUUCAUGAGCUUGUAGGACAGCGUGAGCUUGAUACGUGAAAACUGCACUUUUGGGUCCAAAGCUGAUAUUGAACUUUUAUACAUUCCAUAACUGACUAAGUCCCCAAUCUUGGCGAGAUUACAUUUCAAAACAUAACGCUCCGCACAGUCACCAUUUUAAUCUUCCCAUAACGAUAUGAAGACAAAUAAAGUUAAACGAAACUAAAGUUAGAUGUACUUGUACUUGUUACCAUAGAAUACGCAUAGUGCGAAUGCCAUAUAUAGCGAAACAUACCUAGAUCGAUCACAAGCUUUAUGAAUACUUACUUACUACUGUACUAUUGAUGUAAGUCGUUACUUUCCUUGAGUAGUUAAAUCAAAUGUUACGGUCAAAAUAAAAAAGAAUAAACAGAAAAUUUAAACAUGUCUUACUGGCUGCCCAUUGUUGUCUGCAUGUAUUAUAGACCACGCUUUUCUAAUUUAAAAUGUUACAAAAAAAUAUAUUUUUUCAUACACGAGUUUAUGUUGUAAUCUGUACUCAUCUUACUGCUGGUUCAGACCUAAUUAAAAUAUAAAUAAUUUUAUGUACUGCAAAUGGUAUUCCUUAGUUUCCAUUUCCUUGGAUAGAAAACUAGAGUAGUUUGAAAUUAUUGUAACGAAAAAGUUUGUAUACCAAUAUAGAGUAUUAGCCGAUCUUCGGUCAAAGGAUGUAUAGAUUAUAUUGUUUACUUUAGUAGCAAGAUUAAGUAUCCUGUAGUCUUCUUCCACAAAAUGCAAGUGGUGAAAUCUGAAGAACACACUUUAACACGAUUUAUUUAAGUAAGACAGAAUGGAUUACUAAAUCUAGAUUAUUAUCCGUCGGUUAAGCUGCAUGGAUAUGGGUGAUACUGCUUUAUUUGAGUUUGCGAAAAACUUAGGAUUAGCUCUAGUUGAAACUUAAAAUCCUUGUUGACUAGCGUUACUAAAUCAAAAUAAUAGUUCUUCGAUUCUUUGAUAUCCUUUUCUGAAUCACUUUAUAAACUUUACAACUGUGAGAUCAAAAAUAAUAUUCUUCGAGCUAAGAUACCGUAACAUAUUGGAAAGUAGGCUAAGAUACAUAUAUUGUUCUUCCUUCGGAAUCAGUUUUGAUUUAAGGGACUACACCACAGUGAGGCUUUGGAUUUGGCCAAACGAUUUGUACAUAUUACCCCAAUGGAAAAGCGUGACAUAAGUUCUAAAUUACAUAUAGAGAGACAAAUGAGUACAUAUACACACCACUUAUGUAUAGGGACUAUAUUUAUAUAAAUGUAUAUGGUAAAAUGAGAAGAACGAACUGCAUCUGCAUUGGAGGCACAACAGUUACAAUAUACAACCGCAAUACAAAAAAAGUGUUAACUGUAUUUUUAUGUACGAAUACUUACAAAUAUUUAGAUCAUAUUUUAGCCAUAUUAACCCGGUAACUAGAUGCAUUCGUGUACAAAUAUCUUAUCUUCUUCUCGGAUUCAUCCAAGGAGCAUACGCAUACAUAAUAUAUAUAGUACGUGGUACUUAGAAGUUGAACUUAAAUGUUAUUGCAACUAUAUCUACUUGCAAUUUAUUUACAAAGGAAUAAAAACCUAAUACAAAAACAAAGAGUAAAGUGCAAGAAAGCUUUAUUUACACGCUUGAACAAUAAAUAUCAAAAUUAUUUGUAAUGUAAACAACC